AAACAACAACAUCCAACAAAACAAAAACAUUUCAUCAUUUGGAUUAGUAAUUUUGCGUUGUGAACUUGUAUUGAGUUUAGUACGUGUCAUUAAUAAGUAAAACUGGAAUAUAACUUGUAAGUGCCGGGUAAAUUCUGAAAUCAUCAAUAUGAGUAAAAAAGUUGAUUUCCCUGAAUUGCGUGCACAACUAGAGGCACUGAACAAUAAGGAAUUGCACUAUAAAUGCGUCGAACAUGGCAUGAAUAUACCAGUAGCCGAUUCUACUCGCGAUGUCAUUAUACGCAAGUUGAUCAAGACAAUAACCGGUGGUGCGACGGCUGCAUCACCCAAGGUCAACAAAAAACAAAAAUCUACGCCAAACGAACGACGCAAGACUGUAAAUGUGACGCUGCACGUUUCCAGUGAUGAAGAACUGGAAAGAGAAAGGCAGCAGUUUAUAACAAAGAAUAGACCGCGGACACAAUCGCCCAAAGGACACAAUGUAACUUUUGAUACAUCAGUAAAUAACAAUGAACGCUCGAUAAUCGCGCCCAUUACAACGAAAAAACAGCAAGGCAAAGUUUUUGAUGCUAAUGCAAAUGUUGGAGUUGGACUAAGCAAUAAUGCGCGUAUUAUCCCUAUUGAAAUGGAACAUGAUGAUUAUAACAUUGAGGUACGUCAAUCUGCUCCGGGCAACAAACUAAACAAAAAUGCAAACUUGAAUCAAGGAUAUAACUUCAGCGGAAAGUGUAGCGCUACACAGCAAAGCGAAAAUCAUGACAGUGGGUACAAAGGAACUACAUCCAAUUUAGAUUUCAACCAGUCGCAUGUUCUUAGCAAUACUUACUUGCGUGAUGAAACUGAAACUCCUAUUAGUGCCUAUAAAGCCGCUUCACCCAAUUUGGGGUUUAGCCAAACAUGUACGCUUAAUACCACUUAUCAGCAAGAUGAAAAUGCAUCGCCAAAACAAGGCUUAUUUUCAUCGCCUCAAGAACACACUAAUAAUAGACCAUUUGGUUUCUACAACGCAGGUUCGCCAACGACCUCAUUCAAUAUUGAGAAUAUGGCCAGUCAUUCAUCGACGCAAGGCGGCAGAUUUCUUGGCUCUUCACCAACCGCAAAAGAACCAUUAUUCAAGCGUCCAACUGCUCUUUCUAAAUCAAAUGUGACUACUACGACUUACAAUCAAGCUGAUGCACAACGUUUGUACCCACGAUUACCUACAGAUUUAAUUACCGCACCAUCGUAUACGUCUUCGCCCUCUAUGCCGAAUUCUCAACAAGCUACACUUUCGGGCCGGGCACCUUCCCUGAGCAAAUCAGGUGUAAUGACCACUUCAUACUAUCAGGAAAUAACACCAGUAAAAGAAGUCAAACACUUUGAAGUAGAAAAUGGCGAUGAGCCAGCAGAUGACGGCGCUGGUGACUACGAUCGCAGCAAUGUUGCUGCUGGUUCGAAAUGCGAUCGUUCAAGCUACCUUGCAGGUAUUCAGCAUGGUGCAGAAGCCAAUCUGCCAUUUGAACCUCAUCUGCAAUCUACUUUACGCGACCCACUAUACUCAUCCCCGCGCUACAAUAGCAGUCCUCUUGCUAGAGAAACGUACGUACCCAGUGCUGCAGCACCAAAAGCACCACCCUCACCAAAAAUCAAAAGCUACUCUACAACUACACGCUUCAAUACAAGCUACACUCGCAGCAUCGAUGAACCCGAUAGCGGCUCGGAAGGCGAAAAACUAUCUGGGGAUGAAAUAUAUGUGCAAGACAGUGAAGAGGAAGAAUAUUUGGCAGAUGCAAAGAAAAUUUAUAGCAGCUAUGGCAGCAAUAAAAUACAGGAACGUGUGCCCUAUCGGCGCAGUAAUACGGCAAGACUAAGCGCAGCGCCAAUGCCACGCUACAGCCAAUCACCAACAGGAUUUCGCUCAUUAAACCCAGACAAUGACGAUGACGAUGUCAAUGAGUCUCUGAAAAACUUCAUUGCUACGUUGGACCGCAAAUAUCACAUUAAACAAAUGAUGUACAUGUUCGCUAUAUUCGCAGGAGCGGUCUUCAUUUAUGUAUUCUUCAUUGAAAAGACGCCAAUGGAGGAUGACGAUGUACUGGUGGCCACUAAAGUACAGCCCUGAUGUGUAGGAAAUCCGUAAAAAUCCUAACUUUGGCAGAUAAAUUAGUUACCUAAAACAUAAUAAAAGUAAAACCUACAAGAAAA